GCGGGAAGCUACCGCAGUCCGGGCCGCGCAGCGAGAGGAGAGGCGAAGCGAGGCGGGGCGGGGCCGAGCGCAACGGGAAGGGGAAGCCGCGCGGGCCGGGAGCCGCGCUGCGCCAGCCGGGCUGCAGCUGCCGCGCACCAAGCGCUGAGAUGGGGCUGGAGACUGAGAAGGCGGAUGUCCAGCUCUUCAUGGACGAGGACUCCUACAGCCGCCACAGCAGCGUAGAUUACGCCGACCCCGAGAAGUUCGUGGAUCCGGGCAGCGACCGAGAUCCCCACCGGCUCAACUCGCAUCUCAAGGUGGGAUUCGAGGAUGUGAUUGCAGAGCCCGUGUCUACGCACUCUUUAGACAAAGUGUGGAUCUGCAGCCACGCUCUCUUUGAAAUCAGCAAAUACGUGAUCUACAAGUUCCUGACGGUGUUCCUGGCCAUCCCCUUGGCUUUCGCUGCGGGAAUUCUCUUUGCCAUCCUCAGCUGUCUGCACAUCUGGAUUAUAAUGCCUUUUGUAAAGACCUGCCUAAUGGUCCUGCCUUCAGUGCAGACAAUAUGGAAGAGCGUGACAGAUGCUGUCAUUGCCCCAUUGUGUAGGAGCAUAGGACGCAGCUUCUCUUCUGUCAGCCUGCAACUGAGCCAUGACUGAAUACUUGGACCCCAGGUCCAGAGAUUUGGAUACUGUAAUACUUCUUUGUUGUUAUAACAUAAAGGCACUACUGUUCUGUUAAUUCCCCAAAUGUUCAAAUUAAGAAAGCUAUUAAGAUGGGCAACCACAUGUAGAAAUGUUUAUUUUCAGAUCUUUUCAAAUAAUGCUUUUCUAUAUUAAAAGCCAAGGAUUUCAUAUCUAACUUUAUAACCAGAAUUAUUCAGUAGGUUGGCAACACUUAAUUUUGAAGGCAGACAGUUCUUGCUUUAGUAUGUAAGUAUACAUUUUGUAAUGAUGAAUCUAUAAUGAUCAAGGGACAUUUCUCUCAAACACUACAGUAGUUUUGUGUACAACUGCUCAUAAAAAUAUGGAAUUUCUAAUUUUUCUUUUACUUUGGAAGUAAUACUUUUUAAACUACCUUUGCAGGUAAAGUCAUGGGGAUACUGAGAGAUAAGAUAAUACAAAGAUUCUAGAAAUUAUAGUAACAAAAGCAUACAGUGAUGAUAGGGGCUCUCAAAUAUGAUAAAACAAAUGUGAAAAUAGAUUCAUGAAAAUAUGUUCCUUUAAAUAGGGCAUAGUUAACCUACAGGCAUAUUUAACAAGAUGUUUCAAUUUACUGUAUAUUUUGUACUUAUUGUAAAUGUUACUCUAAUCAGAUUGCUUUAAAGAACUCAUUAUAUUUGUUAUCUUGUUGAGCUAAUAUAUAGGAGUAAAUGUAUCUUCCACAAGGAACUUCACUGGAGAGAUUGCACUGUCUUGAUUACAUAAGCAUAUGCAUCUUCUUUGGUAAUAGAAUGGAAAAGAGAGAUAUACAAGGCUUUUCUUUCUAACUUUUCCAAGCAAAAUCCUGAAGUGUUUUAUGGCUGACGUUUAUCUGGCUGUGAUCUUAAUACAAACCCAACUGAUAUUUCAUCUAGGAGAUGCUUUCUGUCUUGUAAUUAGAAAUUAAACCUGUAUUCUGCAUUCCUAUUAAUGUUUCACUUUACCUUCAAGUAAUAUUGCUGCUAUUUAAUAACAUUUUAAAAUAAAGGCUAUUUCUAAAACUUAAGUACAAUUUCAACUACAGUAAUUCAUGUAGUAAUUUCAGGAGAGUUGUCAAUUUACUGGGUCCAUGCUACUGAGCUACGUAUAUAUAAAUUAAAAACUAACAGCUGCAAACUUUCAAGAUGUUAUCUAGUAUGAGUCUUGUUACACAGUAUAAAAUUAUUCUUAUUAUUUUUGAACUGUAGAGUCCUAUGUCAGUGUUAUGAGUCACUGUUGUUUUAAAAAUCUCUAUUGCAAAAUGAUAGGCAUGUACAAAAGAUGUCUCUGAUGUGAGUGGUUAACUAUAAUUUGCAUAUCUUAAAAGUGUAUAAAUGCUCAAAUUUCAGAAUUACUAUUAGAACUUGGAUUAACAUUCCUUUGAAUAUCUUCACAGAGGACAACUCCUCAUUCAAUGAAGAUUAAUUUUAUUUUCCCAAAUUCUAAGGCUGGUGAAUAUACAGGAUGAUUGAACUGGAAUACUAUUGGGGACCAAAGCAAAUGAAUGAUCAGAUUAUGAAACUCAUAUCCUUUUUUUUUUGAAACUCAUAUCCUUUUGAAGGUAGCUACAAAAGAGAUUUUUCAAAGCUGCCUUAGGCCAUUCAUCCUUAGAAAACACUCUCAUGAUCAUUAACUUCAAGCAUUACUACUCAUUUGACUAUAUAGAUGUUACUAUAUAGUUAGUUAAAAAGGUCAAUAAGUCUCAUGACUUUAUACCUUGUAUUUAAGAUGUUUUUUAAAAAUAUUUGGAUAUGUUGAUUGGGCAAAUGUAUUUGAUUAAUAAAAUAUCUAUUUAAAUAAAUCAUGAGCUUCUAUCUUCUAGUUAUUGGCAAGUUUUAAAGCCAAAAUAUAUACACAGUCAUAUAACAAAACCUAUUAACUUGCAAAAAGUAGAAAAUAUGAUUUCCUUAUUUCUGAAUAACAUUGAUCAUUUUCAAAAUAACUUUUUAUUGAGAUUUGCCAUUAACUAUUUUAUUUCAAAGAUUGAAAUUUUGUACCAAGUGAAUCCAGGUUUCAUGUGCAAAUAUGUUGGUUCUUUUAUUUGGGGGUGGGGAAGCGGUGGGUGAUGAUGGGACUUUCCCAGUAUCCAUAAUAAACUUUUAAAAAACUCAUAAAAUGUGUUUAUUGCUUUUACUACAUGUCAAACUCAUCAAUAAAGAACAUUUUAAAACUAA